AAUUGAGACUAAAUAUUAAAAAAGUAAUAAUUUCUUACGAUAUAUUUUAAAAUUUCUACAUAAUUUUUUAGUAUUUCUCUCGUCUAUUUUCUUACUUCAAUAUUCUUUUAUCUUAGUCUUACACAAAUUAUUUUUAAAUUUCUACAUAAUUUUUUAGUAUUUCUCUGAUGUAUUUUCUUACUUCAAUAUUCUUUUAUCUUAAUCUUACAUAAAUUGUUUUUAAAUUUCUACAUAAUUUUUUUAGUAUUUCUCUCGUCUAUUUUCUUACUUCAUUAUUCUUUUACCUUAGUCUUACACAAAUUGUUUUUCAUAUUUGAUUAAAGUUUAAUUAAUCAUGGAUUAUGAUGUGAGUUUUGACAUAUUUGCCUUCAACUUCCGGUGUUCACACUUCCAUCUUACCCCGUCGCAAUUUUAAUGAAAUGUCACUCCGCCAUUGGAGCCGUCGCCAGGCCACCCAUUUAUCACUCGUCAGUUCCAAGCUUCCAAUCAACACUCGCCACGUGUCACUCUCCGUUUGCCAUCAAACACGAAUACCACUCGCAAACGAUUUCGAUCGACUCGCUUUCUGUUAAUUCCUCGAAUCUUAUUUCCAUUUCGUUAAUAUAUAAAAGUUAUUUUCUUUUUAGUAUUCCGUGUUUAUGUGGUUAUCGAAUUCUCAAUUUGUUUGCUGGCAGAUAUUCCUGCUUUUUUUCAAUUGAAUUUAUCAUUUUUAAUUCUAACGGCUGAGAAUUUAUGAUUCCUUGUCAGAGGAAUAAGGAAUAAAUCCAAUUUGACCUAUUUUUCCAGCUUUUUUCCCAUUUCGUUUCUGUAUAAAUACUAGAGAGUAGGUAGGUUGAGGAGGUAUCAAUUUCAAGCUGCGAUCGAUCGACUUUUUUUUACUGAGCUAGCAAACGAGCAGGACCAUUAGGGGCUUUCUUGGUACUUUCAGCUUCAAUCCAUAAUGGGAUUUGAGGAAAGCCAGCAGACUGAUCCAUUGGUUGUGAUACGCAAUGGAAAAGAGAUCAUAUUGCAGGCCUUCAACUGGGAAUCUAAAAAAUAUGACUGGUGGAGAAAUUUAGAUGGGAAAGUUCCUGAUAUUUCAAAGUCAGGCUUCACAACAGCUUGGCUGCCUCCGGCAUGUCAGUCAUUGUCUCCUGAAGGUUACCUUCCACAGAACCUUUAUUCUCUCAAUUCUUCAUAUGGUUCUGAGCAUCUGUUAAAAGCUUUGCUUAAUAAGAUGAAGCAGUAUAAAGUUAGAGGGAUGGCAGACAUAGUCAUUAACCAUCGUGUUGGAACUACCAAAGGGCACGGUGGAAUGUACAACCGCUAUGAAGGAAUUCCUUUGUCUUGGGAUGAACAUGCUGUUACAUCUUGCACUGGUGGAUUGGGUAACAAAAGCACCGGAGACAACUUUAAUGGAGUUCCAAAUAUAGAUCAUACACAAUCCUUUGUCCGGAAAGAUCUCAUUGACUGGAUGCGGUGGCUAAGAUCCUCUGUUGGCUUCCAAGAUUUUCGUUUUGAUUUUGCUAAAGGUUAUGCUUCAAAGUAUGUAAAGGAAUAUAUCGAGGGAGCUAAACCAAUAUUUUCAGUUGGAGAAUACUGGGACACUUGCAACUACAAGGACAGCUAUUUGGAUUACAACCAAGAUAGUCACAGGCAAAGAAUUAUCAAUUGGAUUGAUGGCACGGGGCAACUUUCAACCGCAUUCGAUUUUACAACAAAAGCAAUCCUUCAGGAAGCAGUCAAAGGAGAAUUCUGGCGUUUGCGUGACUCUAAGGGGAAACCACCAGGAGUUUUAGGAUGGUGGCCUUCAAGGGCCGUGACUUUUCUUGAUAAUCACGAUACUGGAUCCACUCAGGCUCACUGGCCUUUCCCUUCACGUCAUGUUAUGGCGGGCUAUGCAUACAUUCUUACACAUCCAGGGAUACCAUCAGUUUUCUACGACCAUUUCUACGAUUGGGGUAAUUCCAUGCACGACCAAAUUGUAAAGCUGAUUGAUAUCCGGAAGCAUCAAGGCAUACACAGCCGUUCAUCUAUAAAGAUUCUUGAGGCACAGCCAAACUUAUACGCUGCAACCAUUGAUGAAAAGGUUAGCAUGAAGAUCGGGGAUGGAUCAUGGUGCCCUUCAGGGAAAGAGUGGAAGCUCGCGACCAGUGGCCAUCGCUAUGCAGUCUGGCAGAAGUAGUCUUACAAGCUAUUCCGUCACUCAAAAAUAUUAGUUGAAAUAUGUAUGUUUCGAACCCGCACACCUACUUCUAAUACUAGAUCCGCCUCUACAGGCUAGGAUGAAGAGAUAAGUGUUCCUCACAUUCAUUAGAAAUUGCAGCAUAGGAUGUAGUUUUGGUAAUAAUAGUUCUUGAGAAUGCCUUUUAUUGUAUAUCUACAAAUAAGGAGGUUUGUGCCUUUUCCAUGUGACAAGAUUAAAGUGUUCUUUUCUUCUACUAUUUAAGUUUUAGUAUAAUAUAUAAGAGAAUAUGACGUGAUUUUGGUCGUA